GUACAGUGAGAGCUCGAUCACCUGCUCCUGGACCUGCAGCUGCUGCUUGGGCACCACCGUACCUUCCACGCGCUCUGCUAGCUCUGGUGGUCAACUGAAAGUUAGACCAUUCCGCAUAUAUAAGCGCGCAGGCGUGGGUAUCGAUCACUUACUACCACAAGCACACAUCUAGUAUAUCCAGGCCAUCAUCGAUCGAUCAGUAGCACAGCACAAUGGAUUAUUGUUGUGCGACGGAUCGUGAGCACGCGGUGGAGGUGGUGGCGCAGGUGUACGAGCGCAUCAAGAUCCAGCAGCCCCUCCUUAUCCUCCACUGCCCGCCGUCGACCACCACCCAGCUGACCCAGAGCCUCCUCAGCGAGGCGCUGCGAGCACUCAACGUCGCCCUCUCCGUCAUGAAGCAGCAGCAGCAGCAAUCUUCUUCUGCUCCAGCCGCACCAAUAAGCAUCAAAGCUGAGCCGCCCAGCCAUGGCGGAGCAGCUCCCGAUCCGGAAGCAAAAACAACGAGCGCGGCCAGAAGAGGCAAGAGAAGAAGAACAAGAAUGGAAGCCGCAGCCGCAGGAAAAACAAGCUCAUCAUGGGCAGGCUUGACCACCGUGCCUUACGAGGACGGCUACGAGUGGAGGAAAUACGGCGAGAAGAAGAUCAACGGCACCAGCUUCACAAGGAGCUACUUCAGGUGCACCUACAAGGAUGACACUGGCUGCCUCGCCACAAAGCACGUCCAGCAGAAGGACAGCAUCAGCGACCCUCCCGUGUUCAAGGUCACCUACAACAACAAGCACACCUGCAACAAAUACUGCACAUCAGCCACCAACAAGAGCAGCGACAGACAGAUCAUCAAUCCUCAUCCUCUAAAUGCUGCCGUGAUGAUGAAUAAUGUCGUCGUCAAGCAAGAACCACCGGCGGUGCUGGUGCUGCCUCCUCUUGUCGAGGUCGAGGCUUCCUCUUCCGCCCUUGCUUUCCAUCAUCAAACGCCGCCGCCGCCAUUAAUUCCUAUCGGCGGUAUGCAGCAGCAGCAGCCCUGCGGUACAGAUUAUCAUACGCCAUCGACCACAAGCAGUUCAUGCAUCUCCGGCGACUCCUCCUGCAAUGGAUAUUAUCAUUCCACAGGAGGAGACAUGAUGAUGGCAGCAGAGGAAGCAUCACCUGGACAAGACUUUCUCCCCGAUCUCGAGCUUUUCCUCCUGUGCGACAGCUUCAAGGACUAUUAGUUAGCCAUAAAAUCUUAGAAGAAAAAACUACUAGUACAUAGUUUUUAGAUAAUAUGAGUCGUUUUAGAUAAUAUGAGUCGUUGCGUAAAGGAAUUACUGCUGCGUGCUACAAAUAAAAUUGAAGCAGUCAUAUGUGAUAUGUGUG